GAGAGGGGAGGUCCAUGUGAUGUGGGAGUGACUGGGAUCCGCUAUAAACUGUCCAUGGAUUCACAAGAGGACAGUGGUGAGGACAGGUGAUUCUCCCCCGUUUCAACAUCUGCAUUACAAGAUGAAACGCACGGACAGCACUGAUUAAGCAGCUUCAACUUUUAACACGACACAGUUACUGUGAUGAUGGAGAAAGCAGUUUUGCUGGUGCUCUUCUGUCUUUUUGUGACUCUAUCAGGCUCACCUCUCUAUCCAUCUAUUAGGUUUGGGCAAAGAGAUACAUCAAUUCUUAUGACAUCAUCUCUGGAAAGCCCAGCACAGCUAAAAGAAGACAGCACUCAGACGGAGCGAGCUGAAAUACGAUUAGGACGCCACGCAGACGCCAUAUUCACAAACGGUUACAGGAAAGUACUUGGUCAAAUCUCUGCCAGAAAAUUCCUCCAAACAAUAAUGGGCAAACGACUUGGGGAGGAAGUGGAGGGCUACAUGAAGCGUCAGUCUAACAUCUACAAAGGAACAUACAAAGAGGAUCUCACCUCCAUUCAGAGCAACCACAGAUUCACAGGGCUCCACGAUGAUGACCUAUUGAAACCUAGGUUAGCUUCUGCUUUAGUUAUUUCUGCGAUAUUUAACAUGAAGUAAAUAUUUCCUCUUUUCACAGACUGCGGAGUUGAGAAUGACAAGAUCUGCAAAUACAUAAUCAAAUCCCAUUGUCAAUUUAUCAUGAAUUAUUUUCUGUUCUAUUGCUAAUAAAAGGUAUAAAUAU